CGUGGGAGAAAUAUAGUGGGAGGGUGAAACAGUUGGUGUAAGAUAAAAACUGUGGAAGUAGUUUAUUUGGCAUUAUCACGUUAAAACAUACGACUAGCUAAAGUAUAUGAAUAGCAGUCGACUCAGUAUAUGUCUAUAAGUUCCUUUCGAUAGUUUGUGGAAAUACUGGGAGAUGCUGUCCACUCUGUGCUCUUUUCAGACUCAGUUAGCGUCCAUCAUGGAGACACUGGUGCAGACAGCUGUGUCAGAGAUAGGCAAGCUCGUGGAUGUGGAGUGUGAAGUGUUGUUGUCGGAGGUGACCCGCAGCCGCUGUGAGAUCAGUGCACUGAGGAAGAGACUGAGGCUGAUGGAGGGACAAACACCCUCAGACAGCUACACAUCUGACACGAGUGAAUGUGGCCAAGAAGAGAUUCACUGUCAUUUGAACAGGUGUAGAGGCCUAAGAAAAGACGUCCCAACAGUACUUCAUCAAGGCCAAGACAGUCCACAGCAGAAGUGCGAGGUAGACCAGCCGGUCAGUAUGAUAAAGCAGGAGCAACAGGAAGUAGAUGUUUGCAUUGGUCAAGAAAACAGUGAAGCAGGAACCCAGUGUGCUGAAGCUGUGAGCCUGUCACCCAUCAAGGAUGCUCUCAAAAACGUUCCUCGUGUUGUUCGAGGAAGUAGGGAAAACGUGACCACAAGAGUCCCAUCUAAAGCAGAAACACCAGAAGUGACCAGAAACCCCUCGUCCGGAACAAUCACAGGGAAGCAGACUGUGGCGAAUCCUGAACCAAACAUGUCUUUCCGUCCGAGUGCAUCAGACUCCACCACAAGAACACACAGUGCCAGCACUAUUUCAGGAGACAAGCGUUUUGUGUGCUCCUAUUGUUCGAAGAGGUUCAGGUGUUUCAGUCAACUUACCAUACAUCAGCGGAGUCACACAGGUGAGAAGCCAUACAGGUGCACGCUCUGCGGAAAGAGCUACAUUCAGAAAGGACACCUGUACACCCAUCAGCGCACCCAUACCGGAGAGAAGCCAUAUCGGUGUUCGCUCUGCGGAAAAGGCUUUAUUCAGAAAUGCACGCUAGACAUGCAUCUGCGGAGUCACACUGGAGAAAAACCCUACACUUGUGCAAAAUGUGGGAAAGGGUUCACGACCAAAUUUAAUCUUAACAAACACUUGUCGUGUCAGACUUGCAACAGCAUUAGUUAA